CCAGUGGCAGGAAGACCUUCAUGAAGAGCACUAGUAAUCCUGUUUAAAGAUGAAAAAAACUAGGUUUUCAUUUGUGAAAAGACUUUAACAGAGCAAACCAAAUCGGAUCUCCUCAGAAGAAUGCUAUCAGAAAACCAGUCUUCUAUACAUGAAUUCAUUCUUAUGGGUUUCUCUAACCCUCCAGAAGUCCAGGUUUUUCUCCUCACUCUCUUCCUGCUGACCUACAUCGUGACCAUUUAUGGAAACAUGAUGAUCAUCACUAUUGUUCAACUCCACCAGCAGCUUCACACCCCCAUGUACUUAUUCCUCAGCCACUUGGCCUUGAUUGAGAUUGGACAUAUGACCAACACCAUUCCCAAAAUGCUGGCGGACUUCUUAAAAGAGAAAAAGAUCAUCAGCAUUGUGGGUUGCUUCACGCAGCUUUACUUCAACCUCUUCCUGGGACUGACCGAAAACUUCUUGCUGGUACUCAUGGCUUAUGACCGCUACUUAGCCAUCUGUAAACCUCUGAAUUACACCACUCUAAUGAAUGCUAGAGUUUGCAGAUAUUUUACCACUGGGUGCUGGGUUGGUGGGUUGCUUGCACCCUUAUUUCCAGUAAUUAUGCUCUGUAGGCUGCCAUUCUGUGGACCUAAUAGAAUCAACCAUUUCUUCUGUGAUCUAGCUCCAGUGCUGAUUCUUCCAUGUAGGAACAAGUCGUUCAUUGAACUGAUUUUCUUUAUGUGCAUCUCUUCAAUGGGGUUGGGUUGCUUCUCUUUGAUAGUGCUAUCUUAUGUUAACAUUAUUGUUACCAUAUUGAGGAUGCCAUCUGCUAAAGGAAGGCAAAAAGCAUUUUCCACCUGCAGUGCCCAUCUUAUUGUUGUGUCCAUAUAUUAUGGCUCAGUCUUGUAUAUGUAUGUUAGGCCUUCAGAGAAGGACAUCCGUGACACCGAUAAGAUUGUGUCUGUCUUCUAUUGUGUGGUGACACCAUUUAUGAACCCUUUCAUCUACACCCUGAGGAACAAACAAGUUCAUGAAGCAUUCAAAAUAAUGAUUACUAAGAAAAGAGCCAUUUUGUAAUUAAUACUUUUUUAAAAAAUUUACUUUUUCUUAA